AUGUCUUAUGACCGAGUUCUCCCCAACCCUGCUGGUCUGCAGUAUGACACGCAACUCAGACCUAGCAAUCUGUUGGAUCAUAAGAUCAUGAACGAUUUGCCGGCGAACGGUGGCUCACCAUACCGUCCCGAUCCCAACUAUGUCGACAUACACCCCAAUGGUGUCCAGCAGAUGCACCAACAGAUGGUCUCCUUCAGCAGGCCUAAAUUUGCAAAACCAUUGGUGGGAUCACCUCGAGAUUCUCUGAUGAUCAAGCCUGGAAACGCCAUGGUUACCGUGAAUGAAUUGAAUCAAAAUGCCCGGAAGCGAUCAUCUUCUUCCUCUGGAAGCCCCAGCCCUAUACAGACGGCAUUAAAAGAGAGCUCCGAGCAGUUCUGCCUCUGCCAACCGGAACCGAAAGUCCCUCGUCCUCGUAACGCUUUUAUUCUAUACCGUCAGCAUUAUCAGGCAAUGGUCGUGGACCAUAAUCCAGGGCUAGCAAACCCAGAAAUCUCCAAAAUUAUCGGAAACCAGUGGAGGAGUAUUCCAGAAGAAGAGAAGAAUAAAUGGAAGGCACUGGCUGAGGAAGAGAAAAUCCGCCAUAACAGACAGUAUCCUGGCUAUCGCUAUCAGCCACGUCGAUCUGGUCGAGAUGGCAGCUCUCGUGUCUCAGGCUCAGGAAUCAGCCAGAACAUAUCUGGCAAGUCCCACUGUAACCGCUGCGGUGGUCGAUUCAUGCAUCCUCCAUCUUCUCCCAUGACUCCAUUUACCCCAAUCGGAGGGCCAGGGUUCCGUUCAUCAAGUAUAUCAGCCGGUCCACCACAGGCCGUAUCCAUACGGCGGGAGAAGGAUAGCAAAGAGCCACCCAAGCCAAUUCGAUUCGAUCAGAUGAAUACUCGUUCUGAUGGUGGCCACACACCAAAUCUCAAGCGUCGUCGUCUUUCCUCCCAUGCCGCCUUAAAAAAUGGCCUAUCAACCCACAGAGAGAGGAGUCCUGACUCCCCAUAUCCGAUGACUCCAUUCAGCGUUCGUCCUGAUUUGCAGCAUCAGCACUCUCGUCUCCCAAUGAUCUACCCACACAGGCAGUACCAGAGCGUAUCACAUCACACAACCCCAGAACCAAGCUGCCUGAAGCUGCCCCCUCUCCAAACAUCAACCCCAAUGACACCCACAACCCCAUUCUCUCAAGACGGCAGUGUCGAAGCAACCGUAAUGACAAUCCCAUUUCUGAACAAAAUCAAAGUCCUCGCCAAAAUCUCACCACCCCUCCUCCCUUCUUUCCGCGACUCCAACCCCCCAACCCGAGGCCCCGUCAUCGCAGUAGACGGCUCAGAUCCAGAACUCGUCCACUUCACAGUGGAAUACCUAGAGCGCCUUCUAAGGCGCGAACCAAAGUACCAAGUCCGCGUUUUUGACGGCCCAGAGGUAAAGCCACCCUCAGAAAACGGCAUGGGCGACGCAACAGUCGACUACCUCAACACAAUCUCAGCCUGGCACCGAGUCUCAGACGAGGUAAUCACAUAUGUGAAAUCAGUAUCAGACUCAACAACCUCCAUAGACUCAAUAGUAACGCCAAAAUCUGACUCACGCCAAAGCCUCUCUCCACGUUCCCUCGUCCCAAAAGCAGCCGCGAUGUCCCUCAACUCUCCGGCGCAGUCUAGCGACCACGGCUCAGAAGCUAGUCUCAUCUCUACUGCAACCAGUAGUCACCAUCACAUUAUGCCCAUCGCCAUUGUACCGCGAUACCAACUCACAACGGCGGAUGCCUUUGCCUGUUCAAUCCCAAUCCACGACUCGUACGCACCACUAGACCACUGGCAGUGGAUGGCAUCUCUCUGGCGUGCCUGUGUCGGUCCUGACAUCACGGUCUAUAUUCGGGAAUGUACGCGUGACGAGUUAGAGCGCGCGGGUGGUAAUACAGUCGAGAUACGACUGCAGGAUGCAAGGACAAUUAUUUUCAGGAAAGUUGUAGGGUCGCCACGGGAGCCGGAGGAGAAAUCACUUAAGAGGGUUGGGUUUGAGAUUGAGGACUUUUUGACCCAGUAA